GAUUAUUCAAAUUCGCGCAACAUCGAAUUUAUAACUGAAGGGAACUGGACAUAAAAGCUUUCAGUCCCUUAGUUCCAUUAUACCUGGCGAAUAAAAUGUAAAAAGUCAAUUUAAUAGUGUGGAAGGGCUACGAAGCGACGGAGUAGUCGAGGAAGGGCGGUGCAGUCGGAUAGCGGCGUUGUUGCGCGCAGUACGUUUACACUGUGCCGCGGGUCGUGGCCGCACACUCGUUGCUCGGCGCUCGACAGACGUCAGUCUAAGCGACUGCACAUCGUAUUGUGUUCUAUGUGGUACGCAGAAUAUAUCAGUUGUUUACCCGUGACUUAACUAUUUCUGCUAUGUAUCCGGCAAAUAUAUACAACGACAUUCCCUCAGAAGCUCAUUUGAAAAAAAUGGAGAGCAACGAAAAUCAGCAAACGUUCUGUUUGAAGUGGAAUCACCACAAAACCAACCUGGUGGAAAUACUCGAAGCAUUGAUUAAAGGAGAAACGUAUGUCGACUGCACACUAGUAGUAGACGACCAAGUGACUUUCAAGGCCCAUCGAGUGGUCCUCGCCGCCAACUCGCCUUAUUUCCAAUCCAUAUUAGCUGAUGUUCCCAUGGAUCACUGCAGUAUUCUAUUUCCGGGAGUUAAAGACUUUGAGAUGAGAGCCCUCCUUGAAUACAUGUAUACUGGGGAGGUAAAUGUAACGCAGGCGCACAUUCCGCGUAUUAUGAAAGUCGCUGAACAAUUGGAAGUCAAAGGGCUGUUUGACAUGACGGAACUGCGUCGGCAGCCCGGCAACACAGAGCGGACGCCGGGUGUAUCGCCUCCCCGUGUUGUUCCGGCCGCGCCGUCCAGUGUGUCCCCGCCGGCACCAGCUCCACCUUCACGUUGGCCACCACCGCCUGCGGCACCCGCUUUGUCUGCCGCCUAUGAUUCUGCCGAUAUGAACCCGUUAAAACGUAAAAAGCUAUCAAGUAUGCUAGCUACCCGUGAUACACCGAUAUUAAGAAAUGUCCUCGCCCAAACUUCUCCUGUGGACUCAUCGCAACCUAUAUCGUUAGUAUGUCAUCCUGUGAACCAACAGCCGGCUCCACCGCGUUUGCAUUCUAAUGGCUCCGCCCACGAGUCUGAAAGAGCCCCGAGUCCUCAAAGGCCGUUUGACUACCGUCCGCGUAGAUUGUCCUCAAGGGCUUCUUCACCUCACUACCAUAGGUCAGAUCGCUCGGAGGACGCGCAUUCGCCCUACACGGAACGUUCAUUUGAAGAAGAAACCCCACGUAAUUUCCACCCCUCACCGCCACCAACAAAUUUCCAACAUGACGUCCGAGCCGGUUUAGCGCCCUAUGUUCCGCCGCAACAGAAACCCGAAUGGAAAAGAUAUAAACAAUACACAAGAUCGGACAUUCUAUCGGCGAUCGAGUGCGUGAGAAACGGAAUGAGCGCUUUGCAAGCAUCGCGCAAAUACGGCGUUCCCUCACGUACGUUGUAUGAUAAAGUGAAGAAACUCGGUAUAACAACGAGCCGUCCAAUGAGUCGCGGUGUAAAGAGAGAACCCAACGGUGCAGCGUUUCCCUAUGGUUUAAGUGGCACGGGUGGAAACGACGAUGGAAAUGCGACUACGCCUUUAAUCGACCCAUCAUUUCUUCAGCAAGCACUAGAGGGCGCCACAAGAGACGGCGGUCGGGAGGCCUUGCACGCGAUGGCUUUAGCAGCAGCAGCUCAUGCGGCACUAACUCCGCGCACGCCCCCGCGGUCGCCCCCGCACUCACCUCGAACGCCACCGCCAGAAGACGACCAUGUAGAAGACCUCUCGAUAUCGCGACGACGCGACGUAGACCCACCAACAGGUGUUAUCGUCCCACCGCGUAACUUUGCACUCGACUGUGGUAGUGAAAGAGAUUGAACUAUUAAAGUCGUUUGAUGCGAACAUUCGAGAAGACUGAAUUAGGCGUACAAAGUUAGUUGUAAGGCAUUAUGGUAACCUACUGGUAGGACGCGCCGCGCGCGCAUGCCACGCUGACCGGGCGCUCCGGCCGGGCGAUUUGCAAUGGGCCCCGCGGCCACUUUCAUUCUACCUCUAUAACUCUUCUCUAUUUAUUUCCCAGCAACCUCGAAGCCUUGUAACGAAAUAAAAUUUCCGUUAAUGGGUGGGCGGUGCCUUAUUAUGAUUUUAUUUUUGUUUAUUUUCUUAGAUUUUUUUGUUUUAUAACAUUUACGUCUUUGUUAAUGAAUAGCGGAAUAGGUUAGCUUUAAUUAGUAUGUAAUAUUGUCUUAAUUGGACAUGUAACCGCAUAGGCGACGCGACCGCCGCCCUAUGGACGGGUUCGCCUAUACAAGUUAUUGUGCAAUUUGUUGUCCGCGACUGUGAUGUUUAUAGACUGAAACGCCGCUACUACCUCACGCUCGCUAAACUUGAACUCUAGUCCACCGCAUCGCAAUAAAUGCCAUAUUACAUGAAAUAGUCACACAGUAAAUUUAUUUCAAACACAGGUGCAUGUAUCCAGGGAUAGCGACGUAUCAUAAUUUACAAGUACAAACCGCUUUAUAUACUCCUUAUGUUACGGGUUAAAUUUAUUUAUUUGUUCGUUUUACAGAUGCCAUAAAUGUUCAUUGUUAAUAAAUUGUUGUGUUCAUUGACAUCAGCAAUAUAAAUAUUUGCACAAGCACGGUGGUUCUCGCUAGAUUAAGGACAUUCAACAACACUUAGUUAAGAAUGCUCAAUGUUUUAAUUAGAUGGAUAUGUGGUAACGUAGAGUUCGUCGUUGCAAUUCACUGUUAUACGUAAAACUAGAUUAUAUUUAAUGUGAAUGUGUGUAUCUGAUGUUUUAUUCAUUUAAAUUAAAUUCACAAAACACUUUACUCUAAUAACAGUAAAUAGUCAUGGUAAAUAAGUAACUACAUCGUAACUAUCUCUGAAAAAAAAAAGGCAUAAGCAGUACAUAGAGAUAUCUAUUCAUUUAUAAAAUACCACACUGGAAAUAAAUGUAUGCGUGUAUAUUAAUUUUAUAAUAAGUUUAAGUGAAAAUAUUUUUACUUAUUAUUUUGUAGUUGAUUG